GGAGCAGCGAAGGUCACGGAGUUAAGCCUAAGGGUGGCAUCAUGGACUUUCAUCAGCAGCAGCAGUUUUGUCUCAAGUGGAACAGUUUUGGCAGCAAUUUAGCAACGACGUUCUCGAAUUUAUUCAAAAGCGAGAGUCUUACCGAUGUCACUCUGUUUUGCGAGGGAGUUACGUUCAAGGCGCACAGGUUAAUCCUCGCAGCAUGCAGCAAGCAUUUUCAGGAGCUUUUCGAAGGAAUGCCGCCUUCUCCCGCGGGAUUGAUCGUUAUUCUCGAUGGGACGAGUGCCCACAAUAUGGCGUCCCUCCUCGAAUUCAUGUACCGUGGAGAGGUACAUGUGUCCCAGGAAUCCCUCAGCUCCUUCCUCAAGGCAGCUGAAUGCCUUCAAGUUAAAGGUCUAUCGAUCAUCGAGCACGAGAAGCUGGCGGUGGCGCAGAGGCACGCUGCGGAAAGCAACACCUCCGCGGACGCAGAGAGCACUGGCGAUGUUACUGCUCUCCGUGGAGGCGGGGGUAACGGAGGCGGUGGUAACGGUAGCGUCGGGAGUAGCGUCGGCAGCGGUAGCGUCGGCAGUGGUAGCAUCGGUGGUACCAUCGGCAACGGGGGUGGUGGUAGCGGCGUUGGUGAUGUGAGCGACAUGAGCGAGGCGGUCAGGAACAUCAUGAAGAGGACCCCCACACCGGCGCCGUCGCCCGCCCCGGAAUACAUCAUGCCCAAUAUGUACUCCACCUCUCCUUAUUGCGAGAGCCCGCCGAAGAGGGCGAUGAGAUCGCCGAGCGACGUCGAUACAUUAGGAAGAGCGAGUGUGUUGCGCGACGGCCCUGCUUUCCGGCCGGCGUCCGCCCCGCAUCCAUUGUUGAAAAACCACUUCUAUCAAUCGUUCACCCAUCCUUCUGAAACUCAUUCGCAUUCCCACACCGCGCCACAUACGCCCACGGAACUGGAACAGCAGCUGGAACGAGUGCGAUCCGAGGAACGCAACAAUUGUGAUCUCAAGGAAAGCGUUGCCGAAGACCUUCGAAUAAAACAGGAGCCAGACCUUCGAAUAAAACAGGAGACCGAUCGAGAGAGGGCGGAGAAAUUGGCGGAGAGAUUGUCCAAGCGGGAUGACGAGGCUUAUCCCGGACGGGGGUUUGACGUGGGCUUGUUCAGAUCGAACUCGGACCAUCUGCCUGGAGCACAGCUGGGUCCGACGAUGGUGCCGAUGCCGGCGGCUCAUCCGCCGACUCCCGAUCAGAGUCCCGCCGCGCCUCCCGCGCUCGCUAUGUGGAACACGAAGAUCAACAAGGCCAGCACUGUCUCUACUGUCGACGGCGGUGAGUGCCAUACAUUGUUUUUAAGUCACGAGACAUCGUCUGUACUUACGCGUACGGUGCGAUUGAGUCUUUAA